UCGCGUGCUACGCGAAGACGAUCGGCCCCUCUCAAGAAUGGCCUUCUCUUCCAAGUCAGUCAAUUUUCGAAGGUUGGCUGGUAUUUCACGUCGUGGUUGCUUUCCAGCGCGUCGAUUCUGGAGCGAGCUUCGUGGGAUCUCGUAGAUCGUAGCAGCUUUUCGAACGGAAAGUUUGGGGUUUUUUUUUUUAAGAGCUUCGAGUGCAAGGAAAAUGCGACUCUCUUUUGGAAGAGGUUCCAUUGUGUUUUGUGGAAGAAAUUCGCGAUCAAAUUCGAGAGGUUGCAAAGUGAAGAAAAGUGGCCCUCUCGUUAUGCUGGCCCACUCGUUAUGCAAGUACGUUACUGAAAUGAUUAUAUGGCAUACUGUACUGUACCCCAGUGUACGUACCUUACACGUGCUGUACAGUACGUUUCACCUGUAUUACCCGGCAUGUUCCGUGCAUCCCCUGAUGUCAUCUUUCUCCACCCAUCCAACGCACGCUGCGCCAGACAAACCACUCAGCUGGAAACAAAGACCUCUUGCCGGACUCCACCCACAACCGACGUCAUGCAUCUUCUCUCCCAAGCUUUUGGAAACCGCAAGACACAGCACAGCAGCAAACAUGGCGCAGAUGGAUCGAUCGGCUCUAGCCAUUGGCAGUUUUGCCGUGCAAGGCAUUUUGUCUAGGAGCGUCUUGUCCAAGCACACCUACGUAAACGACAAGGUCCCAGGUAUGAUGAUAUAACUGGGCUGCCAUAGAUAUAUGCUUAAUGGAAAGGUUACCUCUUGCGGCUCACCCGAGAUUUUCUUACCUUUCCCUCUGUGAGGUCUGCUCUUUUGCUGUAGACAGCCAUCAUACCCGU